UGAUUAGUUGAUAUAUUUUAUGCUGUAAUGAAUCUGUAAAAAAUUCCAGCUAAAUUUUACUUUAGCAUCUAUAAACAGUCAUUUCCUCACCAGUUUCUAUUAUUUUCCUCUCUUCUGUCACUAAAAAAAAAGCUCAAACACCCCCAUCUUGAAUAUUCUUCUCUGCAAGAAAGCAUCAAGUCACGGCUUUACCUUUUUAGACUCCUUCGCCUUCACCAUAUCAACAGUUAUGUAUUUAUUCUGUUAAAAUCAAGCAUGCACAAUAUGAGUACCUGGUUGAGUCUUUAUUAUAGGAAAGGUAACAUGUUACGACCGGGAUGUUAAUAGAUUUUGUUACAGUCCAUGGUUCAGAAAUUAUUUGAUGACAAAAACAUUGAAGUGAAGAGGACAAAAUGCUUUGAAAUGGAAAUCUCUGAAAAUCUUCCAAAAAUCAGACUUUAAUCGUAUUGUAGAAUACAAAAUAUGACUUCAUUCCGAAUCUCUCCUACUCAAACUGGACAUCCCAAAAGAAUCUGAAACACAUUUCUACUUAUUAUUUUCACUUACCAUGCUACACCACUGUACUGAUAUCUUGUUAUAUCAUAAUGUAGGGCCGCUGCGCAUCACACAACACCUAGGUUCAGGACGAAAUCAGAUUACAGGUCGAUCGAAAAGGCCAGGACUAAAGGAGACUUUGUGUGCCCUUAUAAGCUCUCACUACACAAUAAAAUCCAGUCCUUUAGUUUUUUGUGCUUAUUAAUAUGAAGUAAAGUGGAAUGAACGAAAGUAGAAAUAAGACAGAUAAAUCAAGUGUAGCUGGAAAGCACCCCCCCAAAGUGUGUGUGUGUGUGUGUCUAUGAUAAUCACCUUUACGCUUCCUCGCUAAAUUCACACAGUGGCCUCAGGCUGCUGCUAAACUGCUUCCACCAUCCAGGUCUCCAAUCCCAAGCCUGCAUUCGUUCUCAGGAAGUGGUGGGGUCAGUGAUUCCUUUAGGGAAGGGGCAAAAGAGGAAAUUAGCUUCCCCUCCCAUCCCCUUUCUUCACAUGAACAAUCUCGGUCCGCUCUGUCGGACUAAUCCAGAAAGAAAUCCUCUCAGGAGUCAGGCCACUUUGUUUUCAUGAGCUUUUAAUUCUACGGCAUUAAGAUUUUCUCUUUAACCCGUUCCUGGAAGAUGGCUGUUCCUGUAACUGUGUACCUUUUGGUUGCUUCCAAGCUGCUUUUGGCUGUAGUGAAGUGUGACAGCAUCAACUUCUAUAAUAUAAGGCCUCCUGUGGAUGCGACCCCGUAUCCCAAUAGCUUCAAGUGCUUCACAUGCGAGCAGGCAUCAGACAACUACAGCUGUAAUCGCUGGGCUGAAGACAAGUGGUGUCCUCAGAAUACACAGUACUGCAUGACCGUACAUCAUUUUGGGCGACAAGGGAAAACUAAGUUUGUAACAAAAAGGUGCGCUUCAUUCAGCGACUGCAGCUUGAGCGGAUGCCGACAUCACGGGAACACACACCACACGGAGUGCGUCUCAUGCUGUGAGGGCAUGGUAUGUAACGUGGAGCUUCCCACUAAUCACACCAACUCCGUCUUCCUGAGGUUUCAGGACUUCAGAUCCGCCGCAACAUGCAGCAGCAGCAGCAGCUGGACUUGCGUAUUUCUACUGACCUCAGCUCUCACAGUACUGUUACCUUUGUGACAACAUCACGGUGCUGCCGAGCCUGCAAUAUACCCUGCUGGAAUGCCACUGGCACACAAGGGCUUCUGGGUGUCUUCAGGAAAGCAGAAGGUUCCUCCUGCCUCCUCAGUGUUGAACGUAUAAAAGCACCCGAUCCCAAUAAGAAAAGCUGUCCCUGACCUGAACAAAUGUUCAGCCAAUCGGUGCCCAAAUCCAAACCAAGGAGCUGUGGAGUUCUUGAGACUUUGUCAACUGUUUGCCAAUGACAUGCUAAAUAGAAGGAUGUUAAUUCCCCGAGUAACGCGGCAUUGGGUUUGUAUUUACGCCGUUUAAGGACACUUACUGGACUAAGGGAUUCUGGGAUGGUGGGAUGACCUCGUCCAGUGGCUUGGAGCCCAGAGUCUGUCCCAGAAAAAACGGAACAAAAAAAAAACCUCUUAUGCAGAACUCUCUGGAAGAGAUCUGGCAGUAAGGUUUAGAGA